GACGCUGUGGUCCUUUAAAGUUGAAUGGCUUUCGCGGCGCGGAGAGCCCAGCUGUUGAAUCCCGUCGUGCUCGCGGACUGUUUAGUGCACAGAAAGCGUAAGGAAUUCGUUCAGAAUGACUUCCAAGUGCCCCCGAUGCGAAAAACCCGUGUAUUUUGCUGAAAAAGUGAGCUCUCUGGGGAAGAACUGGCACCGAUUCUGCCUGAAAUGCGAACGCUGUAACAAGACCCUGUCGCCGGGCGGCCAUGCGGAGCACGACGGACUGCCGUACUGUCACAAGCCCUGCUACGGAACCCUGUUCGGACCCAAAGGUGUCAAUAUCGGAGGGGUGGGCUCCUACAUCUACGACACCCCGCCCCCCACCCCGGUCAACAAAUCCUUGGACAGCCCCUCAGACGGGUGCCCCACCACCCCCUGGACCCCCGCCCAGACCACCCGACAGCAGCCGAAGGUCUUUCCAGCGGCCCCCACCUACGUGAAGACGUUCGCUGGGGAGACGUCACUGUGCCCAGGGUGUGGAAAGGUGGUGUAUUUCGCUGAGAAGGUGAUGUCAUUGGGGAGGAACUGGCAUCGACCCUGCCUGCGUUGUGACAGAUGUAAGAAAACACUGACCCCUGGUGGACAUGCUGAGCAUGACGGAAGGCCUUACUGCCAUGUACCUUGCUACGGAUACCUGUUUGGGCCAAAAGGAGUGAACAUUGGAGAGGUCGGCUGCUACGUCUAUGAUAAAGAGAGCGAGCAAAAUGAAAUCACAAGCCAGUCCUAAUUGGCCACCUCCAAGAACUGUGUCGCCGUAUUUGAUUGGCCAUUUUAUGCACAAAUGAGUUUACCUGUAUUGUGAUUGGUUGAUACCUGUUUCCUGAGAAAUAAGGUGAGUGAUUGACAUGUGCAGGUCGUGCACAUGACCUUAACAACAUUAUUGUAUAUUUAUUUUUGGCGUAAUAUAUUUUUUAUAUACUUAUAAAACUGGUAGAUUCUUGUAACAGACUUAUUUAAAUGUGACCAACUUUGAACAAUUUAGCACUUAGGAAUGACAUGGAUAUCGAGAUGUGCAUUUAAUGUGGCUUUCAUAUCACUGUUUUAGAAUGCAUCUAUCCAAAGGUGGAGAUUUAACAAUACAUAUCAUAAAAAGGAAAUAUUAUAAAUCAAUGAAGAAUCCUGGCUGUAUUCAAAUGAUUGUCUCAGAAUAUAGGUGUUAUUAAAGAAUUCAGUUGUGAGACAAAUAAAAAUGCAGAUUUUCCACCUCUCAAACCUGGUUUCCAUUACCACUGUACUAUGAAGAUCAGAAAAUUCUGAUACCUGCACUAAGACUUAUUUAGAAAAUACCACAACUACUUUUUCACCUUUAAAAUUGAUUACUUUUUGUUAUUCAAGUCUAUUUCCAUGUGUUCCUGGUGCCUGUGCAAGUAUAAUCUUUCAUAUAUAUAUUUAUGCAUAACUUUAAUGGAUAAACCUGUCACUUUGUAUUGAACAUGCCACUGACUUCAAAAGUAUAAGAAUAAAAUAUAGUUCAUAGUUGUCUGUGGUCAGUACUACAGAGUCAGUUUUUCAGCAUUGUUCAUGUGAAGUGUUUGAAUGUGUUUUGAACGUUUGAACAUGCAUACCAUUUCACGUGUGUUUAAGUAUAUAUUGCUCACUGUAUAGCAAAAGAGGCAGACAGGUUAGUGAGGACUUUAUCUGUAACACACUUUAUUAUUUUCAUCGGUAUCAGUGCAUGGUUUUAAAUAUCACUGGAAAGCACCAUAUUAUGUAUCCUUGCCAAAUAUGAAUAGCUCAAAGUCAGACUGAAAUGUGUACUUAAAUAUGUUUUCAUAAACACAGUAAGAAAUUGUAUUGGUAGGGAACAGUAACACAUGCUGUAUUCUACAGACCUUGUAUAUUUGCUUAUGUUCAAACUGCGCCGUAUUGCAUCUUUCUGUAUUAUGAAUAUCUUGGAUUGUAUUGUUUGUUUGGAGUUUUAGCAAUGUACAAAAGACAAUUCAUUCAACCUGCUGUAGUUUUUCCCCCAUAACGUAUAUUGACAAAACUGCGUAAUAAACAACUUGUUGAAUAUAAA